CAGUUAUGAAAGAAUGCAGCUUCUUCCUAACAAUUGGUGUAACGAUACUAACCAACCCAUCCUCCUUUUGUUUUAGUCAUGAGAACGGUCAUAGUAGGCGAUCUAAGCACAGCUCUUCGUUCAAAUCAAAAGCGGAAGUUCUUAAAAAGAAGCUUGGGCGAAUGCUUUGUUAGGCGGAUCGAAAUUCAUCCAGAGAAAAAUUCUGGUGGCGGAAGGCAAGGCGAUCGGAAAGACCAAUAAAGGAUGCAGCUGAACUGUGAAAAAGUAGAGAUGUACAGUUCAGCGAGCCAGUAAGCAGUCCAAGCAGGAAAUUGGUUGACCUCAAAAGAACAUUGUUUAAGAUGUGACCGGAACAAAUAAGACGAUAUUUCGUUACAACAACCGCGCAGAAAGGAUAAACUUCUAAACCUGCAUCAUUCGGUGCUUCUCGGAGCUACCUGAUUCGCUUUUUUCCUGCUCUUGUUGAUUGGUGGUAUCUCAUAAUAAAAUUCAGAGCUAAGGAACUUUACGGUCCCUCGUUUCCGUCGAGGCGCAUGUGUGCACGACAAGAGUGGAAAUCUGAUUCAACCUGUGUGGCAGGCGGAAGACUAAAUCAAAAUGACCACAACCCGGGAGGAUGUGUUGUUGCAGAUGGGCGAAGUGCGGUUUAAGAAAGGCGAUGGAACGCUCUAUGUGAUGAACGAGCGGAUCGCCUGGAUAGCUGAAUAUCGGGACACGGUUGCGGUGUCGCAUCGUUUCCAGGAUAUUAAAAUGCAAAAGAUUUCCCCGGAAGGAAAGCCGAAAAUCCAGCUGCAAGUUGUCCUGCACGAUGGCAACAGCUCAACGUUUCACUUUGUGAAUCGCAAUGGCGCGGCUGCGCAGAUAGCCGAUCGGGACAAAGUGAAAGACCUUUUGCAGCAACUGCUUCCCAACUUUAAGCGCAAGAUCGACAAAGAGCUGGAGGAGAAGAAUAAGGUCCUGACGGAGAAUCCCUCUUUGCUGCAGCUGUAUAAGGACCUCGUUAUCACACAAGUGCUGCCCAGCGAUGAAUUUUGGGCUACCCAUGCAAAGCAAUACAUGGCAAAGGAUCAAACCCAGAAGCAAGACAUUGGUGUGUCGGGGGCGUUUCUGGCGGAUAUAAAACCCCAAACGGAUGGCUGUAAUGGGCUGCGUUACAAUCUCACGACUGACGUAAUUGAGUGUAUCUUCAAAACCUAUCCUGCCGUCAAGCGGAAACACUCCGAGCACGUUCCAGCCAAACUGAGCGAAUCGGAGUUUUGGACCAAAUUUUUCCAGUCUCAUUACUUCCAUCGAGAUCGUAUCGCAGCCGGUACCAAAGAUAUUUUUACCGAGUGCGGUAAGAUCGACGAUCAGCAGCUGAAGCUGGCCGUGCAAGAGAAUCUCGGAGAUCCGCUGCUGGAUAUCAGAUCUUUCGAGGAUAACACACUGGAGGAUGGUUUCUGCAAUGCGACCUCAAGUAAACAGACUGUGAACAGUGGUAACAUCGUGCACCAAAGCAUGAUAAAACGUUUCAAUCAGCAUUCUUUCAUGGUGCUCAAAACGUGCACAGAUGUGAAGACGCUCAACCGGGGGAUUGGAGCAAUCCUGAACGCCACACCAACGACUGCCCCUGCGUUAAAUGGCGAUGCCAAUGGCACCAAGGAUAAAUCAAAAGACAACGGACUGAACUGUAACAAUAACAACAAUGGUUUCAGUAAGAAGGACAAAAAAGCGCAUGAGAAUAACCACAUAGUCAAUGGAACCAGCAAUGGGAAUCAUGUUUCUACUUUGCCUUCCGGACCGGAGGAACCGUUUGUGGAACCUUCGAUCAAACGGGCUCGAAUAUUGGAGAAAAUUCACUACGACGAUCUGGAAGACGAUAGUGACUCAAGCAAAGCACCAAAAUUAUUAAACCUCACUAGAAUUGAACGUUAUCUGCAUGGGCCGGUACCGUCUACUGGGGUCAGUUCAUCGGGCUUCCACGAUACCCAGACGGACAAUGGGUUGCACGAUUUGGACUCGGUCAAUGCGUAUAUCCUGCAAUCCACCAGCUCCUGGAACAAUCGAACGCCCCAUAAGGUGUUGGUGAAUGCAACAGCGGCUGUCAACGCACUAGGUGAACUCAGUCCUGGUGGGGCGCUGAUGAGGGGCUUCCAGGAGCAGAGCUUAGCGCAACUGGUUCCUCCGGAUAUCGAGAAGGAGAUCCGGAAUCUCUAUAUGUCACUGCUGGAAUUACUCAAGCACUUCUGGAAGUGCUUUCCACCGACGACGCCACAACUCGAGGAACAGGCGGUCCGUAUGCAUGAAACUUUGCAGCGAUUUUCCAUGGCGAAGUUGAAACCAUUUGAGGAUCGUGCCAUGAGAGAAUUAUUGCCAUUGGGUGCGUCAAUGACGCAGCAUUUAAAUGCGCUUCUGCAAGCGGCGAACCAGAAGUUCGCCACGUGGCAGGAGAGACAGCGACGGUCCCACAGGUAGCAUUACCGGUCAGCACCCUCAUCACCAGUAUCGUCAAACCACCACCACCAGCGUAGCCAUCUUGUCCAUUUCUUCCCCCAGGGCCCUAAACGGCAUCACCAUUAGCAUCCACAGCAGCAGCAACACACUUCAACAAUUUUCUUUCCUAAUCUCGAACGUGAGAUUCCUGGUGAAACUCAACGGCAUAUCACGGCUGCACUCUGCUAGAUUCAUUGGUGUAUCAGUUUUGUUCAAGUUAUUUGUUUAUAGACCGAUUUUGUUUUGUGCUUACACAACAGUUGAGAGAAAAGAAAACUUCUAAAUCGAAUUAUUUGCCUUUUUUGAAUAUUUAGUAAAAUAAAUAACAAUAAUCAACAGAACUGGAGAGAUGAACACCAUAUGAAUCAUUUUCGUGAAAAAAAAACGUAAAUUUUCAUAACGUUUCCUAGAAGAAUAGUAAAAAUAUCAUAAAAGAUACAUAAAACAAUACAUAAAGAGAGAUAUUCUGAAAAUCUAUAUUGCAAAUUCAUGUUGACUCUCGCCGAUUCCGAUUCCCGAUACUCUAUCACCAUUCGGACACGGGAUCCACAUACUCACAAACAGUAUGCUGCCACAAAACGACUCAUUCGCACCACACAGCCUGCGACUGAGAAAGCCUUCGGAGUGAGAUGAGUAACUGAAAUCAAAUUCCAUAUAUUUUUUACGCAAAUCGAUGUGUGCGCCCUGUGGAUCGGAACUGAUGAUCAAUUAAAUCCUCAAAUUAUCGAUUACCGCGCCCUUUCGUUUUUUGUUUUAUCCUGUUAAUAGUUGAUAGAAGAACAACGCUCCGUGCAACUACUAGCAUUUAAGGGGAGCGAAUUAAACUUUGUAAAUGUAAGCAAAUUUUGGGCCACAUCAAAUAAAACAAAAAAGGUUAAGGAAGAAAAGAUGUAAACAAACAAGAUUAUCUCCUAUCAUAUCUUCUUCUUGGUUGGUUCCUAUCGGAGUUUAGUUUUAUCUCCGGAGAUUGUUGGACGUGCGACGCUCCGACAGGAGAAAGUGUUUUUCCAUCUUGUGUUGUUACCCAUUCUUGUUUUCUUUUUGUAAUACUAUUUGUAGUAGCAAAAGUUGGAUGAUAUCACUUGUGAUUAAAGAGAAAUACCAAGAAUGAAAAUGCACAACAGUUUUGUUGCAUGUAAUCGAUUUACUGGAGAGGAGAUGAAUGGUAAUUGCCCUGCGAAAAAUAGGGUAAAGUUAAACAAUGAAUAGUCUGAAGAAAAAAAGCUUGAGAAUGAAAACUCCAAGAUAAUAAAAGGAUACUACAUCAUUCGCUAAGGAAAUGUAUUAAUGAUGAAGGUUAGAAAGAAAUGAAACUAUUUGAAUAAACACAAAAACCGUAAGUUAUAUGAACAACAUGUAUUGAGCAGUAUCAUUUAUACGCGAAAGUAAUGCUACGAUAUGAAGAACACAAAAUGAGAAAAAUAUAUACAGAAAUUAGG